AAAGACUAUAAUAUCGACCGUCCGAUAUAUCCCAGAAAGAUUUUAACAGCAACUCUUUGUCUCUUCUUCUUCUUCUUCUUCUUCUUCUCUCCGAUUUGCUCAGUCGAUUGCGUCAUGUCGUCGUUUGAUCCGCCGAAUCACCGAUAUUCAGCCUUAGUACUUAUUCUUCUCCUGCUUGGUUUUUCGGUAGCGGCGGCCGACGAUGUAUCGUGGACCGAAGAUUCCAGCCUCGAGUCUCCUGGCUGUACCAAUAAGUUUCAAAUGGUAAAGGUCUUAAAUUGGGUUGAUGGUGUUGAAGGAGACUUCCUUACUGGCUUAACUGCUCAAUUUGGAGCUGCCUUGCCUUCUGUUCCUGAUCAAGCUCUUAGAUUUCCUGCUGCUUUUGUAGAUCCUUUGGACUCUUGUUCCCAUCUCUCUUCCAGGUUAGAUGGACAUAUUGCCUUGUCGAUCCGUGGCAAUUGUGCUUUCACUGAGAAGGCCAAACAUGCUGAGGCAGCUGGUGCUUCUGCUCUCUUAGUCAUUAAUGACAAAGAAGAUCUUGAUGAGAUGGGAUGUAUGGAAAAGGACACAUCUCUAAAUGUGAGCAUACCUGUCUUAAUGAUCUCUAAGUCAAGCGGAGAUGCUCUCAACAAGUCUAUGGUUGACAAUAAGAAUGUUGAGCUUUUGUUGUAUGCUCCAAAGCGUCCUGCCGUGGACCUCACAGCUGGAUUGUUAUUGCUCAUGGCUGUGGGAACUGUUGUCGUUGCAUCACUGUGGUCAGAGCUUACAGAUCCUGACCAAGCUAAUGAAUCUUACAGCAUACUAGCAAAGGAUGUUUCUAGUGCUGGGACCAGAAAAGAUGACCCAGAGAAGGAAAUCCUUGAUAUAAGUGUCACUGGUGCUGUAUUUUUUAUUGUAACAGCCUCCAUAUUUCUGCUGCUCCUUUUCUACUUCAUGUCAUCAUGGUUUGUAUGGGUGCUCACCAUAUUUUUCUGCAUUGGCGGCAUGCAGGGUAUGCACAACAUCAUUAUGGCUGUUAUAUUGAGAAAAUGCAGACAUCUUGCUCGGAAAUCUGUGAAGCUCCCUUUGCUUGGAACAAUGUCAGUGUUGUCGCUUUUGGUGAAUAUUGUUUGUUUGGCGUUUGCUGUUUUCUGGUUUAUAAAACGUCACACAUCGUAUUCUUGGGUUGGCCAAGACAUUUUGGGCAUAUGUUUGAUGAUCACUGCCUUGCAAGUGGUUCGAUUACCUAACAUCAAGGUUGCGACUGUACUUCUUUGCUGCGCAUUUGUCUAUGACAUUUUCUGGGUCUUCAUAUCUCCAUUGAUAUUUCACGAGAGUGUUAUGAUUGUGGUUGCCCAAGGAGACAGCAGCACUGGGGAGUCCAUUCCGAUGCUACUAAGGAUUCCUCGGUUCUUUGAUCCUUGGGGUGGUUAUGACAUGAUUGGUUUUGGGGACAUCCUCUUCCCCGGUUUGCUCAUUUCCUUUGCUUCCAGAUAUGACAAGAUAAAAAAGAGGGUAAUAUCAAAUGGGUACUUCCUCUGGUUGACUAUCGGCUAUGGAAUAGGUCUAUUACUGACAUACCUAGGUCUGUAUCUUAUGGACGGACAUGGCCAGCCGGCACUAUUGUACAUCGUACCCUGCACACUCGGUUUGGCCGUCAUACUGGGGUUGGUAAGAGGAGAGCUUAAAGAACUAUGGAAUUACGGUAUCGAAGAAUCAGAGUCUCACACACCGGAGGAUCCAAUGCCUGUGGCAUAAUAACAUGAUUCAACAAUAUUCUAAUGAUGUGUUAUCAAUCAAACUGAAUUAGCUUUUCCCCAAAACAUCGAGCAUAGCUUAAGCAGAUUUCAUAUGUGAGAGGUACACAAAAGCUGAUGAUGUAAGUUCUCUGCAAAGCCAAAGUUAAUCGGAUACCAAAAGUAAUUCAAGACACAUCGGAAAGUACUGUAUUAUAUCGUUUUUUUUUCCUUGUUUUGGGGGAGAAGAAAGAAAGGUUCUCUAGUAAGACUCAUGACAUGUUGUACAGAGUCUAUAUUAACCUUCUCUUGAAUUCAGACUCGUUUUUGUAGAAUUUCAAGUAUAAUGCAAAUUCCCUUUUGUUAAUCUUUGUGUGUUUUCUUUUUUGGGAAAAAUAAGUCUUUGAAAAUUCCAUAAAACUUGAAAGUUUGUUCAAAUAUUAUUCGACUGAUGGAAUGAAAUUCUGACGAAAACGAAUGCACGAAUCAGAUAUUUGAUGUGAAAUAUGUGGAAUUGACCAAUUUGUCUGUUUACGUACACGUGUAUAAUAAUUGACAAAUUAAAGUAGGACACUCGUAUGAAAUAUAAGUAUGACCAACUGCAUAAAUAAGACGUGUAGAUAAUCCUUCCAACGGAAAAUGUGAUUAUAAAGAAAACAAGUAAUCAGAGUCUUGUAAUUUUUGUUAAUAAUGUUGUUGUGAGCGACCAUUUGAAUUCAAUCCGACAUAAAU